AUAGCUACUUCUGCCUGACUUCACUUUGGAGUGAGCCCAUAACCACUACCCUGUAUUUUUUUUUGUGGAAGUGGGCUUGAAAGGAAGGAACUUUUUUUCCAGAUCAUCAAUGGCUGUUGUAUGCAUUGUUGUUCUUGGUGGUCUGGUGUUGAUGAUGCUCUGUAUCUGCUCUGCUUUGUUGAGAUGGAAUGAAGUCAAAUACAGGAAGAAAAGUCUUCCUCCUGGUACUAUGGGUUGGCCUGUCUUUGGAGAGACUACUGAGUUUCUCAAACAAGGCCCUAAUUUCAUUAAAAACCAGAGAGCAAGGUAUGGGAGUUUUUUCAAGACCCAUAUAUUGGGAUGUCCAACAGUGGUUUCAAUGGAUCCAGAUCUCAAUAGAUACAUUUUAAUGAAUGAAUCAAAAGGUCUGGUUCCUGGGUACCCAAAAUCCAUGCUUGAUAUUUUGGGGAAAUGCAACAUUGCAGCAGUUCAUGGCUCCACUCACAAGUACAUGAGAGGGGCAUUGCUUGCACUCAUUAGCCCCACCAUGAUCAGAGACCAGCUUUUGCCCAAAAUUGAUGACUUCAUGAGAACCCACCUCAGCAGUUGGGAUAACAAAAUCAUUAACAUUCAAGAUAAAACCAAAGAGAUGGCUUUACUCUCAUCACUGAAGCAGAUUGCUGGCAUUGAAUCCAUGCCAAUCGCUCAAGAAUUUAUGACAGAAUUCUUCAAGCUGGUUUUGGGAACACUUUCACUGCCUAUUGACCUUCCUGGGUCUAACUAUAGAAGAGCUUUACAUGCAAGGAAAAAUGUUGUGAAUAUGUUAAGGCAACUUAUAGAAGAGAGAAGAGCCUCUAAAGAGAGUCUCCCGGACAUGCUUGGUCUGCUAAUGAAAGAUGAGGAUAACAAAUACAAACUAACUGAUGAAGAGAUUAUUGAUCAGAUAAUCACAAUUUUGUACUCUGGUUAUGAGACUGUUUCAACUACAUCAAUGAUGGCAAUCAAGUAUCUCCAUGAUCAUCCCUCAGUCCUUCAAGAAUUAAGAAAAGAACAUUUGAGAAUCAGAGAGAAGAAAAGGCCAGAAGAUCCAAUUGACUUGAAUGACCUCAAAUCAAUGAAGUUUACUCGUGCGGUUAUCUUUGAGACUUCAAGAUUAGCAACAAUUGUUAAUGGGGUUUUUAGGAAAACUACUCAUGAUAUGGAAAUAAAUGGAUUUGUGAUUCCAAAAGGAUGGAGAAUCUACGUUUACACAAGAGAGAUAAACUAUGAUCCAUUUUUGUAUCAAGACCCAUUAGCCUUCAACCCAUGGAGAUGGAUGGAUAAGAGUUUGGAGUAUCAGAACUACUUUUUCUUGUUUGGUGGGGGCACAAGGCAGUGCCCUGGAAAGGAACUUGGGAUAGCAGAAAUCUCUACUUUUCUUCAUUACUUUGUAACCCAAUACAGAUGGGAAGAAGUUGGGGGUGAUAAACUAAUGAAGUUUCCGAGAGUUGAAGCACCAAAUGGACUGCACAUUAGGGUCUCAGCUUACUGACUUUGAUGUAUUUAUUAUUUGUAUUGUGUACAGAGGGAAUUAGUAUAGGGAGAUAAUGUCAUAGGAAGAGAGAAGUGUACAAUAAUGUUCUAACAUAUGAUUAGAUUAGUGAAUGACAGUACUUUAGCCUUAAUUUUCCAGUUUCGGCUUUACUAUUCGGUUUUCUGGUAGGAUGAGACAGCAUUAGGGCCAAAUUUUAUCAAAACCAACAAAGCAUGACUGGCUGUAUGCAACAUUUGUGCAUAAUAUUCCACUUGAGUAACACAUAAUAAGACUAGAACACUAUUUUUCGCUUCUAACAAGAAACUCAUGCAAGACAUGGUUAUAUUGGAUCCCGUCUUACAUGAGAAACCCUUGGGCAUGUGAGUCUUCUUGUCCCAUAUGCACUAGGCAAACCCACCCUUGGGCACGUCAGUUUUCUU